AUGAUUGACAAUCUUCCUCGUCCAGGCUCGGGAAAGACCACCUUCAUGCAGAGAAUCAACUCCCACCUGCAUUCAAAAAAGUCCGUUCCCUAUGUGAUGAACCUCGACCCUGCGGUACACUCGGUGCCCUUUGACAGCAACAUCGAUAUCCGAGACUCGAUCAACUACAAAGAAGUGAUGCGGCAAUACAACCUAGGACCCAACGGCGGUAUCCUGACGUCCCUGAACCUCUUUGCCACCAAGGUCGACCAGAUCAUUGCUCUUCUCGAGAAGCGCACCACCCCGGACCCCAGCAAACCGACUGCCAAACCGAUCGAACACAUCCUGGUUGACACACCCGGCCAGAUCGAAGUGUUUGUGUGGAGUGCAUCAGGAAGCAUUCUCCUCGAGACUCUCGCUUCCUCUUUCCCGACUGUUAUCGCAUACAUCAUCGACACCCCGCGCGCCAGCUCGACCAGCACCUUUAUGAGCAACAUGCUGUAUGCGUGCAGUAUUCUUUACAAGACUAAGCUGCCUAUGAUUCUGGUCUUUAAUAAGACUGAUGUCAAGGAUGCCGAGUUCGCUAAGGAAUGGAUGACCGACUUCGAUAAAUUCCAGCAGGCUUUGCGCGAGGAAGAAGAAUCCGGUGCUUUCGGUGCUGAGGGUGCCGCCGGCGGAUUUGGAGCUGGCAGUGGAUAUAUGGGAUCACUCUUGAACAGCAUGAGCUUGAUGCUUGAGGAAUUCUAUCGCCAUUUGAGCGUCGUGGGCGUAAGCUCCAUGACAGGUGACGGUGUUGAUGAAUUUUUUGAAGCCGUGGAAGAGAAGCGACAGGAGUUCGAGCGUGACUACAAGCCAGAGCUCGAGCGCAAGAAGAAGGAGCGUGAGGAGAAUAAGGCCAACCAGCGAGAGGUGGAACUAGGCAAGUUGAUGAAGGAUAUGAACGUCUCUGGAUCUGGUCGCAGAGAGGGCCAGGGCCCUGAAGUUGGGCCCGAGACUGUUAGCGAGGCCGAAGAUGAAGAAGAGGAUGAGAUUAUCAAGCGAGGACUGGCCGAUGGAGAGGAUGACAGCGAGGAAGACUACGAAGGUCCCAGUGCAGGCAACGAUGAAGGUCUCUCUCAACGCUACCAGCAGGCUCUUGGCUCGCAGGAUCAGCCUUCGGAUCAGGAUAAUAGCUUCACUCGAUACUUGCGUGCCUCCGGCAUGAACCAGUGA